CGAGGCUGUCGCCACGUACUGCCGCAACGUCGAGUUUGCUCUCAAGCACGUGGAGCUGGAUCCGAGCCUGAGCUGCACGCCCGAGUGCGACGAGCUCGUCGGCGUCCUCGGCGAUCUCCAUUCCCAGUUUCGCCACGAGACCAUAUCUUUCCGCCACCCGACGUCUUGCGGCGACGGCGCGUGCAGGCAAUCGAGCGCGCUGCCGAGCCGCCGACAAAAAGCCACCGGCUGGGACGCGCAGAACGCGAGCCUCAUGGACGACACCAACGACCUCGUCGAGGACUUGGACGAUCUCCUCGGCGCCUCGCCCGUGCCGGAACAGCCAACCACCUCGCUCAAGGACAUGCGCGAGAAGCUCGGGCACAGCUACGACGAAUCGCUGCAAGACGACGCGGCGCUCAUCAGCAGCGUCGCCGACCGCGCGCAGGCCAACUUCGACAAGCUCGACUCGGAGAACGCGCGGUUCGAGGCGCAUUUGAACAACGGACUCACGGUUUGGAAGAUGCUGCUGCUCCUCGGGCUUGUGUUCGUCGUCUUCAUUGGCAUGUAUAGAGUCUUCACGAAACAGGUUCAGCGGCUCUCGCUCAAGUCCCUCUGCAGCAUGUUCAACGCUUCGAGCGGCGUUGUCAUUGCUGCAUGCAGGU